GAUGAUUCUGAUAUCGAAGUGGAAGACUUUGCUAUAACCGAUCAUGAUCUAGAGGAAUUAAAUCCAGAUAGGAAACGAUAUCGAUUUACUAAGGAAGAUGCUAUCUAUGGCGUCUUUGCACCUGAUCGCAGUUACGACGAUAGGAAGAAAGGGAAAGAUUAUAGCAAACCGGUCAAUUUUAUUAGUGGAGGUGUCAAAGGUGAAAGCAGUCAAGAAUCCAAAUCGGAGCAAGAUUCAUUAUUAGAAGCAGGGAAUGAUAGCAAGCAAGUACCAAAGGACUUUGGUAGUAAGAAAUCCACUCAAAGUACGACCAAGGCCAAGAAUAGUAAGUCAGCAGCAUUCGUGGAUUUUGGUAAAUGGCAAGCGCAUACUAAAGGUUUCGGCCAAAAGUAUCUGGAGAAGUUUGGCUUCAAGUCUGGUCAAGGCCUUGGAAAGGCUAAUGAGGGUAUUGCUAAGCCAGUAGAGGUCACAAAGAGAAAGGGCCCUGGCGGCCUUGCCUACUACGGAUCAGAAAGGGUAAAAGGUUCAGAGGAGAAGUAUGCAGCUCACGAUAUAGAGGAAGAUGAACAACAACAAUUUGUAGAAGAGCUUCAAAAGUGGAAAAAAACUGGCAAGACUGCAAAAGUUCGUAAGAAAUACGUCUACAAGACUAUCGAUGAAGUAAAGGUAUCGAUCUUAUCUCAAUUCUUUGUAAUAGAUAUGACUGGACCGCAAAGUAGAGUCUUAUCAGGGUAUUCAGCAAUAGGAGGGAGACCUACAAAACCUACGGAGUCGAUUCCCUCUUUAGCAGGUUCGCAAAUCAGCAAAAGAAUAUACCAAGCUAAUUUUUCAAUGGUGGAACUGCAAUCCAAUAUUUCCCUCUUGGUUGAUUUAGCAGAAUCCGAUAUUAUACAGACAGACAUUCAAUUAAAAAGUGAACGUAAUACAAUUGAAAAUAUGAGACAUGAGCAAGAACGUUUAAGUAAGAUUUUAUUUGCUGAGCAAAGGGACGUUGAAAGAGUAGAAGAGCUGGAUAGAAUUAUUAGCGAAUGCUCUGAAAGAAUGUCAAAUGAAAGCACUCAUCCUUUAACCCUAGAUGAUUGUAGUAGUACCUUUCAAAAGUUACAACAGAACUUUCCUGAUGAGUAUAAAAUGUAUGGUUUAGCUGACUUGGCUGUUGCCAUUGUUUAUCCUCUAGUAAGAAUUUUCUUCAAGCGAUGGAUGCCGUUACAAGAUCCAACAUUUUCUUUGAAAACUUUCAUCGAAUGGAAUGCUUUGUUAACUGAUAGCAGUCCUAUUAGCUUUGAUAAUACCGGUUCAACAAUGAAUUUAUUCGAUAGAAUGAUAUGGGAGAUAUGGUUACCGGUUGUAAGAGAUACCAUUAUUAGGACAAGGUCUAUUCGAAACCCGAAGCCAUUGAUUGAUCUUAUCAAUUUAUGGCAAGACCUACUACCUACUUGGAUUAAGAACAAUAUAUUAGAGCAACUAAUUUUUACACAGUUGCAGCAUGAAAUAGAGAUGUGGAAUCCGGUGGCUGAUAGAGUACCGAUUCAUGUCUGGGUGCAUCCAUGGUUGCCAUUGUUAGGUGAUAAGCUGGGACCGCUAUUAGCGCCUAUUCGUCAUAAGCUUACUUUAGCUCUAACUAAUUGGCACCCCUCCGAUCAGUCGGCACGCUUAAUAAUUCAACCAUGGAAAGGAGUUUUUAAAGACAAUGCGUUUGAUGCAUUUUUACGUAAUUCCAUUUUACCCAAGUUAGCUGCAUGUUUAGCUGAAUUCGUAAUUAAUCCUCAUCAACAGCAUCUUGAACCAUUCUUAUGGGUCAUAGAUUGGAAAGAUGUUGUCUCCAAACAACAUAUGGUGACUCUUAUGGAAAGACAUUUUUUCCCUAAAUGGUUGCAAGCUUUAACGGUAUGGUUAAACAAUAAACCAAAUUAUAAAGAAGUAACGAAAUGGUAUGAGGGCUGGAAAGAAAUGUUUGGAAGUGAUUUAGUGAGUCUACCAGCGAUUAAGGCUCAAUUUAACAGAGGGUUAGAUGUAAUGAAUCAAUCGAUAUCUAUGGAUGAUGGUCAGGGGCGUUCACAUGAUAGAGAGAAUUUAGCACACUUCACUUCAAUUGAGCGCAGGAAAACUGCCGAAAUAGCGGCCAAGGAAAGAGCUGCAGCGGUAGCUAGGGCCAAAACAGAAAAAAUGACAUUCAAAGACAUGGUUCAGAAAUUGGCCGAGGAUCAUGGACUCAUAUUUAUGCCGACACGGAAUACUCGUCAAGAUGGAAAAUUACUGUAUAAUUUCGGUAGUUUAGUAAUUAACAUUGAUCGAGGAGUUGUAUAUGUACAA